CCGCUCCACGCUCUCCUUGCCUCGCACGGAUAACGCCCCCCACCUCCCGCGACUCUGUCUCCCCCAAACGGAGCUUUCCUAUCCAGAGAAGGUGCAGGAGCCGGGGCAACCACUACUUUCCCAGGCACCCACGAUGCGCUCCAUUAGGAAGCGGUGGACGAUCUGCACGAUAAGUCUUCUCCUGAUCUUUUAUAAGACAAAAGAAAUAGCAAGAACUGAGGAGCACCAGGAGACGCAACUCAUCGGAGAUGGUGAACUGUGUUUGAGUCGAUCCCUUGUCAAUAGUUCUGAUAAAAUCAUUAGAAAGGCUGGCUCUUCAAUCUUCCAGCACUCUGUAGAAGGUUGGAAAAUCAAUUCCUCUUUGGUCCUGGAGAUAAGGAAGAACAUUCUUCGUUUCCUAGAUGCAGAACGAGAUGUCUCAGUGGUCAAGAGCAGUUUUAAGCCUGGUGAUGUCAUCCACUAUGUGCUUGACAGGCGCCGGACACUGAAUAUUUCUCAGGAUCUGCAUAGCCUCCUCCCUGAAGUUUCACCAAUGAAAAAUCGCAGAUUUAAGACCUGUGCGGUUGUUGGAAACUCUGGCAUCCUGCUAGAUAGUGAAUGUGGAAAGGAGAUUGACAAUCAUGAUUUUGUAAUAAGGUGUAAUCUAGCCCCUGUGGUGGAGUUUGCUGCAGAUGUGGGAACUAAAUCAGAUUUUAUUACCAUGAAUCCAUCCGUUGUACAAAGAGCAUUCGGUGGCUUUCGGAAUGAGAGUGACAGAGAAAAAUUCGUGCACAGACUUUCCAUGCUGAAUGACAGCGUCCUUUGGAUCCCGGCUUUCAUGGUCAAAGGAGGAGAGAAGCACGUGGAAUGGGUUAAUGCAUUAAUCCUCAAGAAUAAACUGAAAGUGCGAACUGCCUAUCCGUCACUGAGACUUAUCCAUGCUGUCAGAGGUUACUGGCUGACAAACAAAGUUCCCAUCAAAAGACCCAGUACAGGUCUCCUCAUGUACACACUUGCCACAAGAUUCUGUGAUGAAAUUCACCUGUAUGGAUUCUGGCCAUUCCCGAAGGAUUUGAAUGGAAAAGCUGUCAAAUAUCAUUACUACGAUGACUUAAAAUAUAGGUACUUUUCUAAUGCAAGUCCUCACAGAAUGCCAUUAGAAUUCAAAACAUUAAAUGUGCUGCAUAAUAGAGGCGCUCUGAAACUGACAACAGGAAAGUGUGUAAAGCAAUAAAGCACAUUUGAAAACAGACAAACUGAAAAUGCACUUCUUUUCUGAAGAUGCUUCCUAAGAUCUGACAUAGGAUCCAAAACCGGACUAUCAGCAUCCACCAAUUACCUGAAAGGUGAUAAAGGACAUUCAUGAGAAAUCCACUACCAGCUGAGGAAAUACCUGCAAAGUGCUCUAAAAAUUAAAUAUUUUGACUUCAAGGGUCCUAGUAAGUGCCACUUCCACGAAGAACACAGCUUGAAUGUAUAAUCAGUAGUGUUUACAAGAUCCAACAAUGCACUUGCCAUUAGUUACUGAAACAAAGGUGUUCAUCACGUUGGGCUGCCACCGCGAUGCCAAGCACACGAGAAGAGGAACCCAGGAACACAACUCAGCCCGUGGGGAAGCUGACCAUCCUCGCCAGCAGAUAGGAAGAUGGAAACAGUUUGAGCAGCGAAAUACAUACGAUUAAACAACUCAAGUAAAUGCCUUCCGUCAGGACUCUGAGUCUGAUCAUGAAUUUUGUUUCUGUUCUUGUUUUUGUUUGUCUGGGAUCUCUUGGUUUGGGUAUUGGCGUGCUUAGAAACCCUUUCUAAGACAGGUAUGGAUGAGAUAAAAAACCUUCAAGUAAUCAUUUUUAAAGUUCUUAAAUUUUUAAAGAGCAAUCACACAAUGACUUUGUAAAAAAGUUUUAUUUUGCACAACUCUAAACCUCCAGAUUUUUUUCCAGUGGUGUAGAAGGUGCCAGCUAAACUGUACCAUUAAGUAGUAAUGAGCCAUUCUAAAGGAAAGGUGUUCUGUGUCACCCGAGAUGGUAAUAUUAGCCGGAAAAAAAAUGUACUUUUGGUACCAAAGAUUAUACUGAUGUUUCUACACAACAAACCAUUCUCCUUUCAUGAAAAUAACAUAUUAAUAUGUUAUUCUACUAACGUGAAAGUUCUCUCUAGAUAUUUUAAAUUUUCCAAACUCAAACUUUAUUUUUAAUUGAAGGAAGAAUUCCACAGCUUUUACAUUUCACAAUAAUUUUUGGAAGCAUUUUUCCCUUUAGAUUGAUAGGGUUGAAAUGUGACUUCCAAUUCUUUGAUAUCUCCCUUAUUCAAAAGGAAAGAUUGACACGCUCUUUAUAUCAUAAACUUUCUUAGUGCAGAAAUGACUGAGCGUUGUUUCCAUAACAGAGAUGAUUCAUUUUAAGAGGUUUAACAAUGAAACUGUGUGUGAGUAUUUUGCACUUUGAAUGAAUUUAAUUGACCUACAUUUUUUCUGUGGUUAAAUUUAUUCACUUUAUCAUAUUCAUAUGUUUUCAAAGAAGCACAUGAAAUUAUUAAUAAAGUGAUUUAAAUGUUUUAGCAUAUAACAGAAUUGACCAAUAGCCCUGUUUACUGAUAACUUAUCCUACACUGGUAGGUAAUUCUGAUGGUAAAUUGUUUCAUUCAAAAGCAGAAGUGCUCUGUUCCCACUUCUACUCUUGGUCUGAAACAACUUAGAUGACUUCUUGUUUUUUUUUUUAGGCAAGGCAGUCUGAGGAAAGAAUAAUAAUAUGCAGAAUAUGUUCAGUCUGAAAAGAAAAGCAUAAAUAACAUGGUGUAUGUAUAUAUCUAUGUUAUCAUGAAAAGGGAUAUUCUCAGUAUUACAGUUCUCAAUACAUUAGUGACAUGUGGUAUUAUUUUUAAAAAUAUAGUAGAACUGUGUGAUAUAGGAGACUAUAUUUUCUGAGAAUUCAUGUGUUUCUAAGAAAACAAAAUAAAAUGAAUAAAGGAGAUGCUUAGCUAAAAAUGGAUAGAACAUAAUGUACUUUUAUCAUUAAUCUCUUAUCUACUGGAAAUUUAAAAAGAAUUAGGCACAUGUUUUGAAUGUAAAGUUGAAAAAUCUGAUUGACUUAAUAAAUCAAAGGUAGGUAGGUGAUUUAUAGAACCUUAAUUUUGCAUAUUUGCUAAUAAAUUGUUUGAGUAACAAUUGAAUUUGAAUUCAAUAGAAAUUUUGAAAUCACAAGUAAAUUCUUAUAGGUAAAAUUCAUUUCAGAGCUCAUUCAAAGUAUGUCUUAAAAAGCAGCAGCAAGGUACCUUGCCAUCUUUACUGCAUUUUCAACAAAUGCAUUUAAACAAUUUUAAGGCCACAGCAAAAGCAUCCCAGCCACUCACUGUUCUGUGCGUUGAAGUUUAUCUCAUAGAUGCAUUGAGUAGUGCCUUUUUAGCUUCGCAUUGCUUUGUUACCCUAUGCUUUGUGUUCUCUAAAUACGUUGCCCAGUUCUGAAAAUGUUUGGCAUAUAAAAAAGGGCUUCAGUAUCAACUGAGACUACUUUUGUUCAUCUCAGGGAACUUUCAAUACUCAAGAAUGAAUUCGAUUAAAGGCAUUUAGUGUUCAAAGAAUACAAACUGUACAUGAUCAUUUCAUUCCCUACUGUAUACCUUUCCAUUCAUGCCUCCCCCUUCAAGAUCUACUGUGGCUUUCCUACAGGGAUGGGGCAAGGGAAUCACCGAAGGCUAACAGCAAGAAACAAGAAUUGAGAUUUAAACAAUAAGGGAACAAAAGGGAUCAUGAUAAAAUCAAAUUAUAAAUACAUACUUGAAGUAUCUGGGUUUUUUUUCUUAUGUAUUAUUAUAUUUUCACAGCUUUAGUUUUUUAUUUCUUUUUUUUACAAUUUAACCCUGUACCUGGCAAUGCUCAGGCAGCUGAUUGUGAAAGAUUCCUGUCCUUCAGAGAACAUGGUUGUUACUGUGCUGUUGACAUGAAUAGGCCAUGGAAACAUUUUCAUCAUUAUUACCCAGCCUGUUCUAUAAUUAAUAUAAAGUUGCUGGAAUUUUUAAAAAGUGAAUCAGCAACAGGUUUUCUGGGCAAAUCUGACUAUUCAGCCCACAGGACUGACGAAAUUACUGUGGAAGUUUUUCUAUCUGAAAGAAGGUGCUGGGCAUUCAGAUGUCUUUAUUAGUGUAUAUCAUAUGAACUGUGUAUCAAUUGCUAACGGGAGUUUCUACAUAUAUGCUUACAGAAGCAAUUUACUUCAAUAAUGCUAUGCUUGCGUUGGUGGUGAGCAUAGCUGCCUUCUAUAUGCUAUGGGUAGUGUACAUACCAACUAGUUAUUAAGCUACUAUACAGGAAAAAGGGUGAUCAAAAUAAUUUAUUUCUAUUGAGCCAGUUAGUCACAAUGCACACAAUGUGGUAUUUGGUUCAUAAAAGAGUUGUUUUCAUGUGGUUAUUGUUGGAAGUAGCUAUAAUCGUGGCAGGGGUAUAGGAAGAGUUAAAUAGAGUUAGUUGUUACCUCUACAGGUUUGAAGUUUCCCCAUCAGACAUUAUCAAUAUACCAAUGUUUUAAAAACUGAGUGAGAGGAGGUUAUUAUUGUUUGUAUUUAAUGAAAGAAAAUCCAAAUAAAGACCACCUAGAAAUAGAUAUUUUAUUAUAUAUGUGCUAUAGACAUAUCUAUAUAGUACAAAUAGACAUGUGUGAUGCAUAUAUACAAUGUUGUAUAUGUGUGUUUGUGUGUGUACACAGUGAGUCUGUGAUAUACACACAUCAGAUUGGUGUUAUGCUAAAAUCUUCAGGGGUGACACUGUGAAGCACCCUGGAGAUAAGACCACUUUAGAAUAAAGAAGUUCUUUUGAGACUUCAGUUACUAACCUGCUUUAAGAGGGAUCUACUUUAUAACAAAUUCUAUGUUGUUCACACCUAGAGUUACAAUAAGGGUCUAGUCUGUCCAAAUCUUUAAAACAAUAGAAAAAUAAAAAAAUAAAAAGUCUUCAAGCUGGCAAUGUAUUUGAAUUGCAGUUUUCAGAUUGUGGCUUCAGGCCCUGUGUCUCCCAUUUAAGUAGCACCUUUUACUAGACACUGUUUCUUUGUGUAGGCAAAAGCACAAGUGGUUCAAAUGUAUAUAGCAGGAAAAAAGUUUACAGAGAUAGCAUUGCUGCACAGAAUAAUUGCUACUGAAUAUUUCUUAUAUAAUUUGUGGAAUUGAAAAAUGAGGUUUUAUUCUGUCAAAUUCAUUCUGUUCAACACUGUUUCCCUAUUGUUUAUGUAGAGCAAUUGGGUGUUACUGUUUUAUCAUUUGUAAAUGUGUAAAAUAAAUUAAAUUCCUUUUUGUUUUUCAA